UCGGUGCCUUGCCUGACGCAAUCCGCUGCAAUCCUGCGUAAUGCGUGUGUGCGGCGUUCGUGGCUGUGUAAACACCAAAGAAUCCCGCUCUGGUGGACGAAAGGGACCGGGUAUUCGCUACCACAAGGUUCCAAAGAACGAGCCCGCACGGACCACAUGGCUGAGGUUGAUAGGACGUGAUGCCGUCCCACAGAACUUCGAAAUCUCCGUCUGUUAUUUGCACUUCCGAUCGGACGAUUACGUAUUGAACAUGGCACUCGCGGACGCGUCCGGAGUUGGGAGAUUCCGAGGUAGACUGACGCCUGGCGCGACGCCGUCGUUGAACCUGCCGACGGGCGAUCAGCAUGCAGUGCAACAGAAAAACAAGGCCAGCCUGUGUAUCCCAGAAGGAUGUGACAGCCAAGCUAGUGAUGGUAACACUGCAUGGACUGGCUCCAUGGUUCUUGCUUCCCAACAUGGUAACGAAGAAAGCAGCCACGCAUCUGAAACAGUGCGUGCUUCCCCUGGAUUUCUGUCUCCCGAUCUCGACACGACCCCUCCAAACACCCUGGAGUGCAUGAACUGCGGAUGCAAGCAGCUCAAAAGCACAUGUUCAACCGAAGAGAAAAGCACACAGUAUUCUCCACCGAAGGAGUCAAGAUGGACCCAAACAGUACUUACGAAGACUAGAACAACUGGCACACAAGCAAAUCGUAAUGUUGCGGCGCUGCAGACAUCAUGUACUCAGACAAGUGAAGAGCUUUGUCAAACUCAGCUACAGGACAGUGGGCUUCCUUGGCAGUCAAUGCAAACAUCGUGCAACCGGACAAGUGAGGAGCCCCAUCAAGCUAACCAACAAGACACCGCAGUGCAAUGGGAACCAAAGCGUUGUUCCACACCAGUUAUGGACGUGACAGAGAGCAGUACCGGUGACACCGAAAACCCAGCAGACACUACAUAUGUACCGAGUAACGACAGUGUUCUCAGCUGUGUCGGAUCCCUGCUUCGAGUGAAGUGCUACUGUCCAGAUGGCCACAUUUUCUGUUGGGAAAGCCAGCCGUACAUAGCCAAUAAGCCUGCUGGGAAUGUGCUUUUGUCAGCUGCCAUUCUAUUCAGCGGAGCCAGCCCAAUACCAACACUGCGUAUGCUUCAACUGAUAAAUGUCAAGAUAUGUCCAUACUCUGCCCCUAGGAACUAG